UUUGGUCUUUGGAAAACAAAAAAAUGCAGAUUCAACUUUCAGUCAUCAACAAAACUCUUUUGGAUGAAAUAAAACAGCUAAAAGACAAGACUGAAGGUAAAUGGUGUCCUGAAACAUGGAUGAGAUUUGGACUCAACUGCUACUAUAAAUCCACUGAGGAGAAAAAUUGGAUUGACAGCAGGAGUUUCUGUCAGUAUGUAGGAGCUGAUCUUGUGGUCAUAAACAGCAAAGAGGAACAGGAGUUUGUUUCUAAAUUGAAUCCGAAUAAAGAAUCCUGGAUUGGUCUGUUUGCUGAAUCGUCACCACAGACACAGAAAUCUGAAUGGAAAUGGGUGGAUGGAUCACUGCAGACAGAAGCGUUCUGGGAUGAGACGUUUGCAGAUCUGCCAUACGACUACUAUGCAGUGUCCUUGAAUACUGAAGGGAAAUGGACAAUCGUGUACCAAACAAAAUACAGAAACUGGAUCUGUGAGAAAUAAAAUGUAUUCAUCUUUGUUAUUGAGCUGUGCAGUGAUUUUACUCUUUAGUAAUGUAACUAUAAAAUUGUAUUAUCUUGUGUUUUUAUUAGGGCUGUCAGAUUUGUCCCGUUAAUUACGCGUUAACUUGACAUGUGCAUGACGCCGACAAUUUUUUU